AUGGACAGCUUCAUGGAGUCACUGAACAGACUGAAGGAGGCCCAUGAGAAGGAGGUUCUGGGCCUGCAGAACAAGCUUCUAGAACUGAACUCGGAGCGGUGCCGGGACGCACAGAGAAUAGAAGAGCUGUUUGCCAAAAACCACCAGCUCCGGGAGCAGCAGAAGGCGCUGAAGGAGAACCUGAGGGUGCUAGAAAAUAGGCUGCGGGCUGGCCUGUGCGAUCGCUGCAUGGUCACCCAGGAGCUGGCCAGAAAGAAGCAGCUGGAACUGGAGAGUGCACACCUGCAGAGCCUGCAGCAUCUCUGCAUCCUCACCAAUGAGAUGAAUGGGCUGAGGGAGGAAAACAAGAUCCUGAAGGAAGAAAUGAAGCUGCUUCGGAGCCUGCGAGACAAGGCCGCACCCCAGGCCUGGGAGGGCUCCUCAGAGCCCGCAUCACCCAUGCCACUCCCCUCACCUGGAAACCGGAAGGGUGCCCCCGAUAUCCCCCCAGGAGACCCCGAGGAGGCUGAGGAAGAACAGCCAGGCACAGAUAAGGUGUCAAGCCACAAGACAUCCCCAGUGGCUAGAAUCUCUCCAGCUGCCAACCUGCCUGAGCCAAGGACCUUGGACAUGAGCCCUCAGUGCAUCUCCAACCAACUACACUCGACAGUAGCCGUGGUGCGGCCCGGCUCCCGGGCCUGCCCACCGGACAGUGGCACUGCCAACGGAACACCCCCGCCGCCAUCCACCAGAAGCAGCCCACCCAGCCCACCAUACGAACAUGGCCUCCCUGUGGACAGCUUCCUGAGGGCCUCUCGGCCGUCAGCCAUAGCCUAUGAGACGCUGAAGCGCUCCCUUCAGACUGAUCGCCUCUGCCUCCUGAAUCGUCACCUGUCUCUGCGUUUGCAAAGCCCCCACAGCAGCCCCCCGGCUCCUGCUACAGCUGCCAAUAGCCCCCUGCCCCAGGGCCUGAAAACUAGGGAGGCAGAGGCAUGGAAAGAGCCUGGUGCCUUGAUGGGCAUACAGGACCCACGGCUGGAAGGAGCAUUGCACCUGCUGCUGGUUCAGCAGCAGCUGCGGGCACGGGCACGGGCAGGCAGUGCCAGGUUGAGGGUCCCAUCUGCACAAGAAGAUAUGCCAUCUUCCCCACCAGCUGGUUCAGAUUCUGAGAGCUCUGAGAGUGAGGCCCCCAGGACAGCUUUGAGCACAGAGACCCAGCCUGAUGGGUGGCAUCCUCAGUCCGCAAGCCAAUGUAGCCCCCCAAGGAAGGAGAUACAUGUGACCAUUCAGGACUGUCCCCCAGACAAGCCUCUGGACCUCUCUGACCGGGGACGAUGUCGGGACAUCCUCAAAUCCACUAGCCAACCUUUGCCACUCAACACCACAGUUGCCCACACUCCCAGCCCCCAGCUGCCCACCUUGUCCAGACCUGUGAUUCACAGCCCCCAUACUCUCAGCAAUGGCAGCACACAGGCGAGAACUCAGGAGCCUGAGGAACACUCUACUCCCAAGGACACCUCACACCUUCUCCCAGGGACCCAUGCCAGCCUGACCUCUCCUGGAAGGACAGCAGAGGAGGCUGAAGGAAAACCAAGGCCAGUACCCCACUUGCAGAGGCCUGCCAGUGAUGGGACCACAGAGCCCAGCAAGGUCAGGGAACAGAUGCCAGAGCUGGAGCAACUGGGAGAGUCAGGCACCAAGAUGGGACAGACCUCUGAGGCAAGCGCAGAGUCAAGCAUGCCAGGAGAGGGACACGCUGAGUGCCAUCGACAGGGUCCACAGCAGAAGAGGAAACGGACCUCAGAUCUUCAGGACAAAGGUACCCACCUCCUGGAAGGGCAAACAGGGCAACGUAUAUGCUCCGAAGAAGCCAUCUCAAGGGAGAAGGAAGCUGAAGGAAUCUUCGACACCAACAGACAGCCCCAGGAGCCCAAUGGACAUGGAGGACUUCAGCCUCUCCCCUAUUGA